GAGCUUCGGGUGAACUGCAUCUCACACACCCGCCCUUCUCUAGACUUGAUUCGACAGCAAUCACGGCCAUAUACAAUCAUGGGUGCUGGCAGUUCUAAGCCCGAGGCUGCGGGUGACUCCAAGCAUGUCUUCUCCAGUAACUCCCCCAUCCAAUUCUCUUCCAACCUAGUGGACGCCCUCCAAUCCACCUCCGAGACCGACUCCUCCCGCUCCAAAGCCAUCGAGCUCGAAAUCCAAAACCGCGUCGCGGCCGAACUCAAGCGCCUCCACGAGCGCGAAAAGCAAACCCUCGCCGAGAUCGAGAAGCGCAUCUCCGAGUCCAAAGACAGCGGUGCCGCCCCCAUCACCGCAUCCACAGGCCCAGUGGCACAAGGCUACCCAAUCGGCUCUUUGAACCUGGACGCUCCCCGGAUUCCGUUCGCAGGCCGUGAGCACGACGCUCCUGCUUUCGUUGCGCCUGUCGAGACACCCGAGCAGGCGCCCGUUGCCAACCGCGAGAUUUCGCGGGACUCUGUUUCCAGCGAGAUUGAUAAGCUGCGGACCCGGUUGGAUGGACGUCGGAAGCUUGUUGAUCUCGAUGAGAGCGUUGAGAAGGCUAAGUCUGAUGUUGUUGGUUGUUUGAGACUUAAUGACCGUCGGCCGUUGAACUGUUGGAAGGAGGUUGAGGCUUUCAAGCAGGAGGUUGCUAAGAUGGAGACUGCUUUUGUGGAUCGGAUUGUGGGUUAAAUUCGGUUUGAUCUGAUUCGGUUCUAAUUCGAAGCCGCGGGUUUGCCUUGCAUAAAGAUGUCUCUUUUUUUGUUCUCUUUUAGUUUUUUUUGGACUGUCAUGGCUGCUGUACUGUAUUGUAUAGAUAGCGCUUUUUGUUUGCCAUGAAUAGCAUGGGAUGGAAUUGAUCCUGG